AUGUCAGACGGUACAGCUACGCCAGAUCCACUUCCAAGUAGUAGCAAUACAUCAACAUCUCUACGCCCCACAAGUAGGGUACGAGAUGAGUCAGAUGUUAUUGGGAAGCUAAAUGAUAUGAUCGAAGAGCAACCUACAGAUAUUUUUCUGUAUGUGAAGCUACUUAAACACCACGUCUCAUUGAAGCAGUGGAAACAGGUUUAUGAAACGUUCGACAAAUUGCAUGACAGAUUCCCAUUAAUGGCCAAUAUUUGGUGUAUGAGAUUGAGCCUUGAAUUUGAUAAGAUGGAAGAGCUAGAUGCUGCUGUAAUUGAACCGGUGCUAGCUCGCUGUUUAUCCAAAGAGUUGGGGAACAAUGAUCUCUCUUUAUGGUUAUCUUAUAUAACUUAUGUGAGAAAGAAGAAUGACAUUAUCACCGGCGGUGAAGAAGCGAGAAACAUCGUAAUUCAGGCUUUCCAAGUCGUGGUAGAUAAGUGUGCCAUUUUCGAACCAAAAUCAAUACAAUUUUGGAAUGAAUACCUUCACUUUUUAGAGCAUUGGAAGCCUGUCAACAAGUUUGAGGAGCAACAGAGAGUUCAGUAUAUAAGGAAAUUAUACAAGACUCUAUUAUGUCAACCAAUGGACUGUUUGGAAUCUAUGUGGCAAAGAUAUACUCAGUGGGAACAGGAUGUUAAUCAGCUUACUGCUCGUAGACACAUCGGAGAGCUGUCUGCCCAGUAUAUGAAUGCGAGAUCUUUGUAUCAGGACUGGUUGAACAUCACGAAAGGAUUGAAAAGAAAUUUACCAAUUACGUUAAAUCAAGCCACUGAAUCCAAUCUUCCGAAACCCAACGAGUACGAUGUUCAGCAAUUACUUAUAUGGUUGGAAUGGAUUCGUUGGGAAUCAGACAACAAGUUGGAACUAUCAGAUGACCUUCACAAGGCCAGAAUGACAUAUGUAUAUAUGCAGGCAGCGCAGCAUGUCUGCUUUGCACCUGAAAUUUGGUUCAAUAUGGCAAACUAUCAAGGCGAGAAAAAUACUGAUUCUACUGUUAUUACUAAGUACUUGAAGUUAGGACAGCAAUGCAUACCAAAUUCUGCAGUAUUGGCUUUCAGCCUUUCAGAACAGUACGAGUUAAAUACCAAAAUACCAGAGAUAGAAACCACAAUAUUAUCGUGUAUUGACCGCAUACAUCUUGAUUUGGCAGCACUUAUGGAAGAUGAUCCAACAAACGAAAGUGCUAUCAACCAGCUGAAAUCAAAACUAACAUACGUAUACUGCGUAUACAUGAAUACAAUGAAGAGGAUACAGGGUCUUGCAGCGUCUCGUAAAAUCUUUGGCAAAUGCCGUAGGUUAAAAAAACUUGUAACACCCGAUAUUUACUUGGAGAACGCAUAUAUCGAGUACCACAUCAGCAAGGAUACCAAAACUGCGUGCAAGGUUCUAGAAUUGGGACUUAAAUAUUUUGCUACGGAUGGUGAGUAUAUUAACAAAUAUCUGGACUUCCUUAUCUAUGUCAAUGAAGAAUCUCAAGUCAAAUCUUUGUUUGAGAGUAGUAUUGACAAAAUCUCAGAUUCUCACCUUUUGAAGAUGAUCUUCCAAAAAGUUAUAUUCUUUGAAUCUAAGGUUGGUUCUCUAAAUAGUGUGAGAACUUUGGAAAAGAGAUUCUUUGAGAAGUUUCCUGAAGUGAACAAGUUAGAAGAAUUCACCAACAAAUAUAAGGUGCUCGAUGUUAAUUAUCUGCAAAGGCUAGAGCUAGAUUAUAUGGUCCGCGAUGUCAUGCCUGAAGCAAUCGCCUUGGAUCGUGGCUCUAAUAAUCUCAAACGCACAAUGCGAGAGGAGGAAGACGGACAAGCUUUCAAAAAAUUCAAAGCCAAUGAAGACCCCAUUCCCCCCGAAAUUGUUGAGCUUUUGAAAGUACUUCCAAAGCGACAAUAUUUCAAAGUUACUAUCUUUGAAGCUCAUGCGUUUUCAGAGUUUUUAAGUGAUAAAGUCACAAUUCAAUAG